AUGCCGGAUGGAACAAGACCAGAAAUGCAUUUACCUGCAAGCAGCGCAAUUCGGUCUAAUUUUGUUGAUGGCCAUAAAUUUCUUUCUUUAAGGACUAAUUCAAUUCCUUUCGGUCUGCCAUCAGAAACAUUCACAAUCCAAGAUUCUGGUUGUGCAUUCCAAUUUGAACUUAAUUUUAUUGAAUUAUUCUUAGUACAGCAAAACAAUACACUUUCAUUGACAUUAGAUUCUGUUUCUCUUGAAAAAAUUUGCUUGCAGGUCUUGGAUGCUUAG